AAAAAGUCAAACAUAUUUUUUGUAUAUCAUAAGCGAACAGAAAAUUUAUUUAAUAUCUCUUCCAGGCAGAAUUUUAAACAAUGCCUCCAAAAGUUAAAAUCCCCAUUGGCAAGGCUGGAGCAGGAGGCAAAAAAGCCAAAGGCAAGGAAAAGAAGAAAAUCAUUGUUGAACCUGAACCCGAACUAUUUAUGCAAGUCUCGGAUACAUCAUUCCUAGAAAGGGAAUUGGACUUAAUGACAGAUCUCAACGAUGAGUUCUUUAAUCAGUCCAAUAAGACUAUACAACAGCUAAUGGAAUAUGGACGAACCUUUGAGGCUUCCAGAAUCAAGAAAUAUACCGAUAUAAUAUUUAAUCUACAUCGCCGCUAUGUGGAUGAGGUUAAGGAAAAUGAACAGUUGAGGCCUCAAGUACAGAAAGCAGAAAAUAAAUUACGAUUGGCCUUGGAAUUGACGGCAAUCUCAGAGGAAUCCAUGCAGUAUUUAAAGGAAGCCUUGGGCAAUGCUUGGAAGGAAUCGGACGCCUCUCUAUCUCGUGAACAAGAUAUUCAGGAAAAAUUCCAAGAAAUUCUCAUGAAAUGUGAAACAUUUCAACGUAAACAAACAGAAAAUCAGGAUGAGAGUGCUGAAUUUGGCCACUUGUCGAAAUAUAAAAACAUUAUUUUGAGAGAACGCGAUCGCAUCAAUGGCGAAGUCAUUGAUCUGGAGAAACGUUUAAAGGUGCAACGUUACUAUUCCGAAUCCUUAGAGUACAUCAUACACAAUCACGAGGACACUAUGAAUAAGAUGGCAGUACGGGUCAAAGUUUUGGCCUCGGAAAAAUCUAAUUUGGAUAUGAAAUUGCGUUCGUUAAUAAAUAAUUUGGAAGAUCAAAGAGAGAUAAACCAAAAAACUUUAAGUAAAUUGGAUACCACAAGUAAAGAGCUUAACGAUACCAAUUCAGCUCUGACCAAGAAGACCGCUGAUUAUGAUCGUCUUAAAAUUUCCGCUGAUAAGAUGAAGAAUGAAAAUACCCUUCAAGCCAAACAAUUGACAAAGUACGAGGAAGAGAUUGCCGAUUUGCACAAACAGCAAAAGGAGGCAGAUGAGAGCAUUAAAGCUUUGCGACUGGAGGACAAAGUCAAGGCGCACACUAUAAAUGAAUUGAAUAACAAAUACAAAAAGGCAGUACAGGAUCAUACAUCCGUCUCCUCUAAGCUAUUCCAAAUGAAUCGAGUCAAUAAUGGAUUGAGUGAGGAUAUCAUUCAAUUAAAAAAUCAAUCCAACUCCUUGGAAAAGGAUCUUCUAAAUUCUGCUCAAAAAUUCGAUGAUUUGAGACGACUCAAGGAAAAUAUUCAACGUGAGCGCAAUAGCCUAAAGAGUGACAUCACAAAAUUGAACCAUCAAAUUGCCGAUUUGCAGCAUACCAUAAUGAUGCAAAGUAACACCAUUGACAGUUUGCGUCUUGAUAUAAACAAACUCAAUGUCAAAGUAGAUGAGGCUAAAAUCAAUAUAGCCAAGGCUGAGAAAGAAAGAAACGAAAUGGCUCAAGAGGUAGAGACGUUACAUGAAAAAAUUGAAUACUAUCAGGAGCAAAUUCAACUGAAAAGCGAUCAGAUAGCAGACCUGAUCGAAAAACUGCAACAGAAGCAGUCAGCCUUAGUGAAUAUGACCAAACGUUUGGAGUCGGUACAAUCGGAGAAAAUGAUUUUGCAAAGAUCUUUGGAGGGCAGUACUCUGGAGAUAAAAAACUUGCAAGAAUUAAAAAUUAAAACAGACCAACAAAUUACCCAGUUGACCAAUGAAAUAGCGGCCAAUGAAAACAAAAUCAAAUCUUUAAAUUUACGCAUAGAUCACUUGAAUAUAGCAAAUAAAGAACUGCAGUCUCAGUUGCGUAGCAAAGAGAAGCUUUUGUCGGGUGUGCGCAAAGAUCUGAAAGAAAUGAAACAGAAAAACGAACAUUUCAUGAGCGUUAUUUCCGAGGAUGAAUUGAGAUUCUUGAAGCUUUCACAGGAAUUGGAGGAGACGCGCAAGGAGAAAAAUCUCAUUGGCUUACAAAUGGUGCGUCGCAAUGAUGAGAUAGUUUUGCUGAAGGAAAAGUUGUGUAUAACACAAGCGGCCCUGGAUCAAGGCCAAACUCAAUACAAUCAACGUGUCGAGGAUAUACGUUUAUUGAAAUUGGAAAUUACAAAUUUGCAAACCGAGAGAGAAUGCCUUUCGAAAGCCAUCAAAAGCACUGCUGACAUGAGAGAGGAGGUGAUACGUUUGCAACGUUCUUUGAAUCAAGAACGCGUUCGAGUUCGCGCUCUAACCGAGGAUGCCAAAACACCCACCGGUGUACAUCGUUGGCGUAUUUUGAAGGGAGAAGAUCCUGGAAAAUACCAGCUAUUGAUGAAAGUCCAAAUGUUGCAAAAGCGUUAUCUUAAACAGGAAACUGAAAAAACCAACAUUCGGCGACAAUUGGAAGAAUCAAAGAGGAUUUGUGAAACACUGAAAAAAGUUCUGGAAAACCUGCCUACAACACAAGUGAAACAGAAAUUGGUUGAGACCCAGCGCAUUAAUAAAAGGCAAUUGAAAAAAAUAAAAGCCCUAAGUGCCGAAUUGACCAUUGACGCCAUUGAGUUGAAAGCUCGUGAAUGCAUUAUUGAGGAUUUUAAGACGACCAUGAAAAUUGCUUCUGCAGAAAUGUGUGACACGGAAGACACCAGUAAUUUCCUAUCCUCAAACUCUUCGAGCCAAGAGAAAUAUGUCGAUUGUGUUUUCACCAAUACAGACAGUUUAGAAUCCAUGGGAUCAAAAGGGAAGGAAGAAUUAGAAGUGGAUGCUUUUUAAAAAGUGUUUUUAUUACAUUUUUUAUUGUAAGGGUUCUAUACUUUGAGGACCUUAUUAUAAUAAUGAAAAACAAACUUUAAAGGACUUUAAUUAAACACUUUUAAUGUUUUUGUAA